AUGUUUCCGAUUCUUCUUCUUCUUGCUUCAAUUGUCUCAUUUUCCGAUGCUCAACCAUGUUUCGGACCAUCUUGCGGGGGGCCUUGUUUUGGAAACUCAUGUGGCGGCCCGGUUUUCGGACCACCACCGUGUUUUGGAAGCAACUGUGGGCCAUGCCUUGGUUCCAACUGCAAUAACAAUAAUGGUCCCAUCAUUAUAACUACUUCGAAUAACAAUGGGCCGUGCUUUGGGCCUUCUUGUGCACCAUGUUUUGGCUCGAAUUGUGUGAAUAAUGCGCCAAUCGUCAUUACUACUAAUAACAACUCGCCGUGCUUUGGAAAUUCGUGUCUACCUCCACCGAUUUUUGGAUCAUCGUCGUGUUGCUCGAAUAAUAGUAAGAAUUUUUUCAUAGAUAGCUGAGUUCUGAUGUUUUUUCUAGAUUUCUCAUGCUGUGGCUCGAUUUUCCGACAUAAACGACUCGCGAAACCGAACGGAGAAUCCAAGAAAACCGAAACUGAUUAG